GCCACUCUCCAGUUCCCAGGCGAGCAUUUGUAUUUUGUAAAGCGAAUACGUUUCCGCCUUCGAAGCUAGUUGACGUAAAUACCAUGCGCCUCCCGCUUCUUCCACGGUCCCCUCCCCUCGCCGCCGCUGUCGCCGCCAUGCCUCCUCGCCGCCGCCGCGUCGUCAGAUCACUGCCGCUCCCGCCUUCCCCUCCAAAACUCUCCUCUACCCCGCCGCCGGCCCCUCCCCUAGAGGGACCCAAACCCGGAACCCCCGACCACGACGACCCCCCUCACUCCGCCCGUCGCCGCCUCCUACCCCUCGCCGCCGCGGCCGUCGAGGCGCGGGAAGAGUGGCACCCGCUCCCGCUCUCCGCGGCCGACCUCUCCCUCCCGCUCACGCUCCCCACCGGCCAGACCUUCCUCUGGCGCCGCACCUCCCUCUCCCCGCUCCGCUUCACCGGCGCCGUGGGGCCGCACCUCGUCUCCCUUUCCCACCUCCCCGACGCCGACGACGGCCGCCUCGCCUUUCUCCUCCACAACGACGGCGGCUGCCCCGCCUCCUCCUCCGUGCCCGCCGCCCGCGCCGCGCUGUGCGGCUACCUCAACGCGGCCGUCCCGCUCGCCGAUCUCUGGCGCCAGUUCGCCGCCGCCGACGAGCGCUUCGCCGAGGUCGCCGCGCGGCUCGGGGGCGGCGGAGCGCGGGUGCUCAGGCAGGACCCCGUCGAGUGCGUCUUCCAGUUCCUGUGCUCCUCCAACAACAACAUCAAGCGGAUCGAGAAGAUGGUGUGGACGCUGGCGGGAUACGGGGAGCGGCUCGGCGAGGUUGGCGGGUUCGUGUUCCACCGGUUCCCCACGAUCGAGCAGCUCGCGCGCGUGUCGGAGCAGGAGCUUCGGGAGGCCGGGUUUGGGUACAGGGCAAAGUACAUUGUUGGCACUGCUAAAGAACUGCAGGCCAAACCUGGUGGAGGUGAAAAAUGGCUUGCCUCAUUGCGUGAGAAGGAACUUCCAGAGGUGAUUGCGGCUCUUUGCACUCUGCCAGGUGUUGGUCCAAAGGUUGCUGCGUGCAUUGCUCUGUUCUCCCUUGAUCAAAAUCAUGCUAUUCCUGUCGAUACACAUGUCUGGAAGGUUGCUACACAAUAUCUAUUGCCGGAGCUAGCUGGCAAGAGCCUGACCCCGAAACUUAGUGUUGUUGUCGCUGAUGCAUUUGUAACUAGAUUUGGAAGCUAUGCUGGCUGGGCACAGAAUGUGCUCUUCAUCGGCCAGCUACCUGCUCAAAAGGUUGUGGUGGCAGAAGUUACCAGUGAUGAUUUAACCACCAAAUCUCCUACUAAAAGGAAGCGCGGGGGAAACUGAAACCAUGCUGAGAACAUGUAACCAUGAGAGAGCAUGAAAACCAGCGAUAGCAAGGGAGGUAUUGCGCACUGGGCAGCCGCUUCAUUGGCACAUGGGUUCCUCGAAAUCCAGAUGGGCAAUGCGGUUCGCAGAACUCAAUGGCAAUUGGCAACUGUCAGUCCUCUGCCUUUAGGAAACCAUGAGAAGGUAUUUAGAAUCCUGAUUACACAAAACAGAUUAAGCCGUUAGCUUCUGACAUAGGAAUGGCUGACUCAUUGAUUAUCCUGAUCUUGUUACAUUGCGAAUCUUUCUUUUAUGCGGGCAAUGUGUCGCUUGGACGGCUUGAUUGGCCUGCUCGUGCAUCUUCCACAAAAAUGUCAAAUGGAAGGUACAUGCAAUUGUAUUGUUAUCCAAACAGUGAUGAAAACUUCAGUUUAACAUU